CUUUUUGCCUCUGGAGAUCUUUUAAGGGAACAACAAUUACAACAUCAUCUUCUCGGUCUCACUUCUCACACUACACACGCACACAGAAGCCAUGACUGUGGUCUUCGAAGAUACCAACUCUGCUCCUGACCCCCUCUUGCCCUGGCUCUGGUCGAUCAAGAAAGCUCUCGAAGCAGAAACGAGCUCGGGGAACGGUUCGGGGUUAGAUCUCAGCAAGCUUCUCUACGAUUGCAUCGUCACAUUCAGGGAUGAUGACCAGUACCAAAACGACGUUAGAUUUCUCCGGAUUUGGUUCCUCUAUAUGGACGUUAGUGAAGAUUUUGAGAGUAUUUUUAGAGAAAUGACCGAGAGUGAGAUAUGUCUCGGCCAUUCUUUGCUUUAUGUAUGGUAUGCAUCCUUUCUUGAAUCAAAAGGGAAGUUGCAUGACGCUCAUAUGGUUUAUCAGUCUGGAUUUCUAAGAAAUGCCAAACCAGUCGAGUUGUUGAAGAAGGCACAUGCCCUAUUUCUUGAUAGAAUGUCUGGAUUAGUGAAUGCUUGUUCACUUCAGAAGAUUGAUGAUUGUGGAUCCAUUGAGUUCGAGACAAGUCAUAUUAAUCCAUGGUCCGCAUCCACCAUGAAAGACCUAUUGAAGAAGCUGGGUCCUCAGAUUAUGAAAUAUGAUGGAUACCAUUCAAGCCAAAAAGCUUACUCAGGCAAAGUGGCCUUAUCUUCUUUGCAGAAUUCCUCAAGGAAUAAGAUUAUUGAGAUUGGUGGAAAGAAGUAUCAGAUCACAGGUUGUGCUGGUCAGGGUGGUUUUGCUCAAGUAUAUAAAGCAUAUGUCCACAGUAAUCCAGAUGAAGUUGUCGCACUUAAGAUACAAAAGCCUGCUUUCCCAUGGGAGUUCUACAUGUAUCGUCAACUAGAUGAGCGCAUCUUAGACAAUGAAAGGUCCAACUUUGGUUUUGCUCUGAGAAUGCAUCUCUACUCUGACUGUAGCAUACUUGUCUGUGACUAUCUGGCCCAUGGGACUCUGCAGGAUGCCAUAAACUCCUAUGUAGUCACUGGAAAGUCCAUGGAAGAGGAGUUAUGUAUUUAUUACACAGUAGAGAUGCUCUACAUGCUAGAAACUUUGCAUGGUGCUGGCAUCAUUCAUGGUGAUUUUAAGCCUGAUAAUUUGCUUAUUCGUUAUGCUAGGGGCGAUCUUACAGAAGAUGGGUUACGUGAGCACAGUGGUCCUUGGCAUGAUCAGGGCCUUUGCCUUGUUGACUGGGGGAGGGGGAUAGACAAACGCCUCUUUCCUGAAAAUGCAGAAUUUAAAGGAGAUUGCAGGACUUCUGGCUUUCGUUGUAUUGAAAUGCAGGAGAAUAAGCCAUGGACAUUUCAGGUGGACACAUAUGGCCUUUGUGUUAUAGUCCAUAUGAUGCUGCAUAAUUCUUAUAUGGAGAUCGAAAAGAAAAAAUCAUCUGGUGGUGGCUACAUUUAUUUACCCAAAUCAUCUCUUAAACGAUAUUGGAAGGUUGAACUCUGGAAGGAUUUGUUUACCCAGCUGCUUAACAUGAGUCCUGGCAGUGAUGACAACAAGUUGCGGAAAUUGAGGGAAUCAUUCCAGGAUUACAUGUGCUCUAAACCUCAGUUCAUAAAGAAACUAAAGGAGUUACUGGUGAAGCAAAGGGCUUCUUUGUGUUCUGCAUAGUCUGUCUCGACUCCGGUCAUGCUACUGAAUUGUAACUCCUAAAGUCCUGGAAUUGUCAAAUUUAUUCUCUACAACAAAAGCAAAAUUAGAAGGUGAAAAUAUUUUUGUUAUUCUCACCUUGACAUGAGUACACAUUCACGAAUCUCAUAUUAAGAUUGUUAAAUUACCUUUUUAACUUUUCAAAAAAGUUCCCUUCCUGAAGUCAGUACAGUUCACUGGAGGAUUUCUCUGAUGUUUGUAUGCACAUUUGUAAAGAAUGUUGAGAGCUCAUAUGUUUUUAUCUUUUUUCUUUAAUGUUCA